GAACGAUUUGCGUCGUAUGCUUGCAUAAAAACGCCAGAGCAGUGAAAGCUCCGUCCCUGAGAUCGGCGCUGGCACUUUCACAAUGAGGUUGCUUUGCCUCACCGCAUGUGCUCUGAGCUUUGUAGCUCCGCGUGGAAAUGCCCAGGGAACAAGUGCUGUGUCCGGUGGAGGUGCUGCAGGUGCGGGAUCUGCAAGCCUCAGUGGUAGUUCAGGUGGCGGCUAUGGUGGAACGGCCAACUUCGGCCGCUCGGGUGGUGGUGCCUCCGGAUACGGCGGAAAUUACGUUGCAAACUACGGAGGCGCGACAAGAACGAGUCCAGCUGGAUACUACGCCUACGACGUUGGCGGUGCACCAUACACCCAUAGUACGGCUGGUAAUGGAGCUUAUGGUGCUAACCCAUACGCAAGCCUGGGCAGUGCCUACGGUGUUAACUUAGGCGGUGUCGGCGGUGGAGCCUACAAUGGCAACCAAGGCGGAGGCAUGAGUGGCGCCUACGGCACCAACCUUGGCACAAGCACUGGGACACUUGGCGGCGGAGGUGGCCUAAAUGUGCCUCUUGGAAGCGUAAAUGCCGGUCUUUAUGGAGGUCAUAUUGCUUCAGGAGGUAUAGGCACUGGUCUUCCCGGGGCCGCGGUGGCUGGUACACUUGGAGGUCUCGGUGCAGGUGUGGCCAAUGGCGCAGUUCUCUCUGGGGGCCUGGAGGGUUAUGGGGGCCCGGUAUAUGGAUUAUCCUACCCCGGUAUAGACGCAGGGUUAGUAGGAGGCUUAGGUGGGGUCGAUUAUAGUAUGCUUGAUUGGCGCGACAGGAUGAGGCUAAGGCAGCAGCAGCGCCAGUACAGACGCCUAAUGCGCCGUUUGAGCCGCGAUCAAGAGGCACUCGCUCGACUUGGUUAUGGUGGAUAUGGCUAUGGACCUGGCAUUGGUGCUGGAGUAGGAGCGGGUGCAGGCUUGGGUGCUGGUGCACGUGGGGGAGUGGGAGCUCGAGGAGGAGCCCGAUUAGGCGGCGGCGCUCAUGGUCGUUUGGGGGGCAGUGGCGGAGUUCGCGGUGCAACACGAGGUCACCUACGAGUUAAUGCCGGUGUUAAUGUUGGACUCAACGUGGGAAUUGACGCAGGUGUAAACUCAGACGUGGCCGGUGGAGCGACGGCAGGCGCAAGCGCCGCGGGGGGUGCAAGGGGUCGUGCCGGUGCCGAUGUCGUCGGCAAUCUUGGUGCUGACGCGCGCGGUCGUGCAGGUGUUUCCGGCGGUAUAUCGGGAACGACGUCCAACUAAUAGUUGACGGAAAUUGGGUGCCUCUGGGUAAUCAGCCACAGUUCGUUAGCUGCAAGCCAAAAGAGACACUUCGUAAGUUUUGUUUCUUCUAUCAAACCAUAACAGAAGCCAUCUCAGACAGCCAGCAAAUCAGUCUGCAAUCUGACAAGCUGCCCAGGGAAAUGAAAGCGGGUCUUUAACGUCCAUGAUCAUGUGUAAUAAAACACGAACCUUUUCAUCAGG